CAGUAAGAAGUCAACAUGAAAUAUUUAAUUAUUUUGGCUUGCCUUUUUGCCGCUACCAAUGCGGUUUCAAAAGAAUUCAUGGCUGAUUUCGUUGGUAAAGUAAGAACUUUGGGAGACAAAUGCGUCGGUGAAGUAAAGGCUCAACCAGGUGAUAUCGACACUCUGUUGGCCCAUAAGGUGCCUGAAACCCACGAAGGAAAAUGCUUACUGUUCUGCAUCCACAAGAACUUCGGCAUCCAAAAAGACGACGGCGGUUGGAGUUUGGAGGGAGGUUUGCAAUUCAUAGAACCCCUAAAAGCCGACGACCCAGCUAUGUUUGAAGACUUAAGAAAAGUCGGUGUCACCUGCUCAACCAAAGUUGAAAAGGAUGCUGAUCCUUGUAUAACCGCUGUCAAUAUUGCAAUGUGUUUGGUCCAGGAAGGAAAAGCUUUUGGCAUUACCAGCGAAUUGUUCGAAAUCUAAGAGGUUGGGAAGAAAUUAUGAUUGUAAUAAUAAUUGUAGUUUUGAUUAAAUAUAUCAAUAAAACCCUAUU